UGGCGCUUGUGCUCCAAAAUAGAAUAAACUAUUUAAAGAGUGUCCAGGCCUUGCUUACAAGACUAACACACUCUACAACUGGACCAUCCCCCCAAAGCCCCAAACCGAGUAUCUUUCAAUCUAGCCACGCUCAUCAUAAUUCGCAGGGACAAUGGGAUCUGUCAAGAUUACCGACUUGAACACGUAUCACGACGUAGUGAGCGGGGCUAACUACGCUGUCUUCAAUUUCCGUGACUCCCGGCGUCGCUUGUCGGAUACUGAUGUCGCCUACGAUGACUUUGCUUCCUAUGCAUACAGUGACACAGUGGCAUUCUAUGAAGUCGACGUGGGCGAUCAAAAGCAUAUUUCCGAUUAUGCGAAAGUGGAACGUCCUACACUGAUCUUAUAUAAGGAUGGAAAGGAAGUCGAGCGGUACUCUAAACCUCUGCCUAGACAGCUGGAGUACCUAGUGUCUAGGGCUUUGUGUGGGCUGACUGAGAUCGGUGGGCGUUUCUGAGGAUGGGACGGUGAUGAAUGGUGGGUAAUAAUGAUAUGCAUCUAUGUUGACGGUGUUGUUUACAUUGUUGAUGCCUUGAUAUAUUCUACGAACCAGCCCUUGACCAAGCGCUUGAUUGCUUUCUGGGUCGAGUGGGAACAUGCUGGCAUAAUUGUCCGUCUUUCCUUUUUUUUUUUUAUUGCAUAGCUGUACAUGUCUACUUGGGAUGGCGUUUGGUUUAUUUGGGUGCAUAUAAGCCGAAAUUGCUCAUUUUUACUCGGGCCAUUGAUCCCAAUGGCUAUCAUUGUUAAUAUAUGCCGAAUUCGCAAAUAGCUAAGUUAUAACCUCCAAAUUGACAACGAC